AUGGAUAAGCCGGAGCAACUCGACGCGAAGUCCCCGAAAUGGAACGCACUUUUCUCGCGCCGCAGCUCCACUCUCCGUUCUUUAAAUCACCCAUCUUUCCUGACGUUGUCAAAGCGAUUCCACGAAUUGCGCCAGGAACUCGCGACAAUGCUUAUCCCUAAGGACGACCGCAAGAAGAUCCACGAGUACCUCUUCCGUGAGGGUGUGCUCGUGGCCAAGAAGGACUUCAACCUUCCCAAGCACGGUGACAUUGACACCAAGAACCUCUACGUCAUCAAGGCUCUUCAGUCUCUUGACUCCCGCGGUUUCGUCAAGACCCGCUUCUCGUGGCAGUACUACUACUACACCCUCACCCCCGAGGGUCUGGACUACCUCCGCGAGUGGCUCCACCUCCCCGCUGAGGUUGUCCCCGCCACCCACAUCAAGCAGCAGCGUUCCCACGCUCCCCCCCGCGGCAUGAUGGGCGGUGAGGAGCGCGAGCGCCGUCCCCGCGCUCCCCGCGAGGGUGGCUACCGCCGCCGCGAGGAGGGUGGCAAGGAGGGCGGUGCCCCCGGCGAGUUCGCUCCCUCUUUCCGUGGUGGCUUCGGCCGUGGCCGUGGUGCCCCCCAGUAA